AAGGGAACAUUUUUUUUACAUAAGAAGUACAACGAGAAAAUUAAUCGCUCUUAUCAACAAAUUUUUACAUCCUAAUCUUGUUUGUUUUGUGUUCAAAUCUACAAAAGUGAAGUGCUUACGUCUCCGUUUGUUAAAUGACUGUGGCAAAGUGAGGCAGAAACGACACAAACAUUACUCGUCUAAGUACGAAAUCCUCAACAAUGGCUCUUGCCUUUCGGGUUUUGUUACAAUAUUUGGAUCUAAAUGACAUCUUUAGUUUGAAGAAUUUCCUCGACAGCAACUCGUUUCAAGUGGAUGAGCGCGAUGACAAUGGGGCGACGAUUCUCAUGCAUGCAGCGAGUCGGGGCGUGACAGCCUUUGUCAAAGAAUUGGUUCUACGCGGUGCCGAUAUUCAAGCGGAGGAUUUGGAUAAUUGGACUGCGUUGCUUUGUGCGACAAAAGCGGGUCAUUUCGAGAUUGUCGAGUACUUGAUUGAUCAUGGCGCGGAUAUUGAGCAUCGGGAAAUGGGCGGUUGGACCCCUUUGAUGUGGGCUUCGUACAAAGGGUACAUUGACAUCGUGAAUCGAUUGUUGCAAAAAGGCGCCGAUGUGCAUUGUCACGGCAAUUAUCACUUAUCCCCGUUGCUGUGGGGUGCAGGACGAGGACAUUAUGAAGUCGUCGUUGCUUUGAUAAACAAAGGAGCGAAAGUCAAUUCAGCCGAUAAGUAUGGCACAACGGCACUAAUUUGGGCUUGUCGCAAGGGAAUGACGAAUAUCGUGGAUUUUUUGUUGAAAGCGGGUGCGAAUGUCGAUACAGCUGGCAUGUAUAGUUGGACUCCGUUACUUGUCGCAGUUGCGGGAGGACAUCAAGAAUGCGUGAAUUUAGUGUUGGAGAGAAAACCGAAUGUGAAUGCUUUGGAUAAAGAUGGCAUGACAGCACUUGCGAUCGCUUGUCGUGAAGGCCUAACUGAAAUUGUGUCGUCGUUGAUAUCUGUGGGCGCUUAUAUUAAUACGCAAGAUCGAUCGGGAGAUACUCCGUUAAUUCAUGCCAUCAAGGGAAAUCAUCGCGGAGUCGUUGAGAUACUCGUGAAGAAACAUGCGGAUAUCGAUAUUCAGGGCAAAGACAAGAAAACUGCAUUAUACUACGCCAUUGAAAAGGGAAAUUUGCACAUUGUUCGCAUGAUUCUCUCCCAAAACCCAGAUUUGGAAUCAGAAACCAAAGAUGGCGACACCGCCUUAUUACGCGCCGUUCGCAAUCGAAACUUGGAAAUUGUGCAAUUACUCCUCGAUAAAAGAGCAAAAGUUGGAGCCACGGACAAACGCGGAGACACUUGCUUGCACAUUGCGAUGCGAGCGCGAUCCAAACAAAUCGUCGAAGCACUUUUGCAUAAUCCGAAAAACAAUCAAAUCUUGUACAAGGCAAACAAAGUCGGCGAAACUCCUUACGGGAUCGAUCAAUUGCAUCAAAAGACGAUUUUGGGACAAGUUUUUGGCACGCGUCAAAUUAACACGGAAGAUUCCGAGGGAGUUCUCGGUUACGAGGUUUACAGCUCCGCUUUGACGAAUAUUUUGUACGAGCCGACACUGAUAACGCCGAUUACGAUUGGAUUGUAUGCCAAAUGGGGCAGCGGCAAAAGUUUCCUCUUGAACAAGGUUCGUGGUGAAAUGUUGAAUUGUGUGUCGGAAUGUGCGAAAAUCGCUGCAAAACCGAAAGCGAUUUUAUUUUUGACAAUUUUGCACAUUUCCUUGCUGUUUGGCGUACUUACGGGAAUGCUCUUGUGGUCCGUGCCUUAUGGAAUUCUAACUUUUGUCUGCAUUACGGCAACAGUUCUCGGGCUUUUACGCAUCAUGAGCGUCAUUAAUCGUCGAUAUCGCUUGGAUUGGAUCGAUUCGAUGUUUCAAGGGCUCGACAAGCAAAUUGGUAAACUUCAGUUAAUUCUUCAAGUCGCUUUUUGCUACCCCCCGAACAUUAGUGCGGAUAUUCAUACGAAACCGGUACGAUUUCAUUUUGCCGAUUUGAGUAAUGCGCCGCCAAAAGGAGAGCAAGCGGUGAGUUUGAUGCUGGCUUCGAUGUUGGAGGAGAUUGAAAGACAUUACGGAACAGUUGCGACGAGACUUUAUCGAGCGCUGCGCCCAAAACAGCACGAAAGUCUCACAAGAUGGCGCUUUCGACGAAUGUGUUGCAUUCCAAUUGUCUUUCUUUUUGAGCUGUUUUUGUUUUCUGUCGGUGCCGGGAUUUGUUUGCUGGUUAUUUAUUACACGCAUGACCUGAAUGACGUCGAAAAAAGUGCCCUUUUGAUCGUUUUGUACAUCACGGGAGCUUUGUUGCUUGCCGCACUGGUUGCUAAUUUUCAUAUUUUGACAAGACUGGUGAGGUCGUUGUUCAUUUCGCAAGCUUCUUAUUUGAAGCGAUUGACGAGAAAUAAUAACGAGAGUGGAUUGUCGUUGACAACGUUGGGCAAUGAAGUUACGCUGAUGACGGAUAUGGUGAAGUGUUUGGACUCAUUCGUCGGUCAACAAAGUCGUUUGUGUGGCGUCGUGGAUGUACUUGACUACUACGAUAUUGACAAAAUUCUCAACAUCCUGAGUGUCAUUCAAACGUUACUUUGUGCCGCAAAUCGCCCAUUCAUCAUUUUAAUCGCUGUCGAUCCACACAUCAUCACAAAAGCCGCCGAAGCUCGCAGCAAACGCAUGUUAACUGAAGUCGGCACCAUUGGAGGUCACGAUUUCCUCCGAAACUUUGUUCAUCUCCCGAUUUACUUGCAAAGUACGAACUUGAAGAAAAUCCAACGCGCACAAGUCGCAGCAAUGGCAAUGUUGAAUCGCAUCAACGAGAUCGGCGAACGACGAUUGUCUAAUGCAAGCGAAAUGGGAAUGAGCAUGGAACGUCUUCGAACGAUAAAUACAAAUUCACGAACUAACUCGAAGAAAUUACGGACUCAAGCUCCGGAAUCGCUCGCGGGAUCGUACAGCUCGAAUUUACACAAAUUGGGACAAUCUGGCGUUGGAUUGGACAAAAAUCGGGUGAUGUUCUCGGAUGACUUUUUCAGUGAUGUGAAUCCGCGGAGCAUGAAACGGCUGCUGAACGUGAUGUCGCUGACAAUUCGCUUGCUGAAGGCGAAUCACAUUGACUUUAGUUGGUAUCGCUUGUGUUCUUGGAUAAAUUUGACGGAACAAUGGCCCCUGAGAGCCAGCAUUAUCGUUUUAGAGUUUGAGAAAGAGGAUCUCGACGAUACCACGUCGCUGGAGACAAUUUACGAGCGUUGCAAGCCGAAAAUCGCGUAUUUGAAGGAAGCAGCUGUUUUCUUGGAAAUGGAUCGAGACGAGAGGAAACUUGAUGCUUUUUUGCAUAUUCACAAAAAUGACUUGCAAGUCACGGAUUUGAAAGUUUUCUUGCCAUUCACUUUCAAUUUGGAUCCUUAUUUGAAAAAAGUCCUUAAAGAAGAUCAACAAGCAUUUGAGGAAGAAUUUGAGGGAUUAACGAUGUUUGCGCCGCCUUCAACUUCGGAAAAAGUUCAACCAAAACCCCCAAAUCGCGUUUCUUACCCUUUUAUGCCGUCUCCGAUGCCGAUGCCCAUGCCUCGGGGCACCAUUGGAUUCAGUUUGCCGCCUCAACCGAUGCCAUUACCACACGCAGCGCACAUUCAUCCGCCACCUGCCGACUUAUUUUCAGGUCUUUUAGCGCCCUCUGUCGCCGUAAAUUCAACAAUGAACGAAUCCACGAAAUCCCUGUCGGAUAAAUCGCUUGAAAAUGUGACCUUGAGCCAACUUUCCGUCGAUCAACUCAUCAAAUUGUUGCAACGCAUGCCCGAUAUGGCGCCAAUUAUGCCGAAACUUGGUCCCGCUUUGCAAGAAAAUGCCAUCACGGGUCGCGUUUUGAUGCAUUGUGACUUGAACGAGCUCAAAUCCGUGCUAAAUAUCUCCUUCGGGCAUUGGGAAACCUUCAAAUUGCUCAUCAACACACUAAAAACGUACGAAAUGACAAAAGUGUCGCUUGCAGUUACCGAUAUUAAUAAUCCAGUUGCUCCGAUUUCAACGCCAACAGCGCAGGCAGAACGGGAUGUCACCGAUACGAUCCAACCGCCAGCCAAAAAAAGGUCCGUUGUUGAAUCGCGUUUCCAGAAGCAAGUUACGAUCGAGGAAGAGAUGAUUUGUGAAACGCUUCAGAUGAUCAACAGUGACAUCAUGGAUCCGUUGGAUGAAGAUGGUUUCGCGAGUGAAGAUGAUCAAAUGAUUCCGUCGGGGCAGUCGGGAGAUGAAAUGCCGUUGACUCCGAUUCGGGAAAGUUUGGAAGUCGGAUCGCCAACGAGACGUAAGAGUUUAGUGCGAACCGUUACUAUUGGGGAUUACGAUGAUACCUUGCCAACGGUUAUUAGUAUGCCGUCAAUCAGUAUUGAGGAACAUCAGGAUCAGAAAAUGGAAUAAAUUUGAGAUUUUUUUCACAGGUACUAAUUUUUUUAUUUUUAAUUACAGAAUUUACCAAAAUUUACCUUAUUUUAUGUAGAACAGAAUUUUAUGAAUUUAUUAUUUUAUUUUAUUACAAAAGUAUUCAAUUUUAUAGAUUAGAAUGAGAAAUACAAUAAAAGUUUGAAAAGAAUGAAA